GAUGAUAACACACGGCUCUGCUUAUUUAGAACCACUGGUUGAAGAGGAACUGUGAAGUAAGGGAACGAAUCAUAAACAAUGGCGUUGUUCCCCCCGCCAAUCUCUUCUUCAUCUCUUCAAAAUCCUAAUCUCAUCCCCAAAUUCUCAUUCUCUCUCCUCUCCACUAACCGCUUCUCUCUCCUCUCCGUCACUCGAGCUUCUUCUUCCUCCUCCUCCUCCGACAGUGGAACAAACUCUCCCAGUCCCAUCACCGCGGUCGAGGCUCCUGAACCCAUAACAGUGAUAGUCAAAGAGACUCCGCAACCAACACCUGCGGUUAAAAAAGAAGAAACCGCCACCGCUAAAAAUGGCGCCGUCGAAGGUGAAGAAGAGAUGAAGACAACGGAGAGUGUUAUCAAAUUCAAAGAUGCGAAGUGGAUUAAUGGAACUUGGGAUCUGAAACAGUUUGAGAAAAAUGGAAAAACAGAUUGGGAUGCCGUAAUUGUUUCUGAGGCAAAGAGAAGAAAAUGGUUAGAAGAGAAUCCAGAAACAACUAGUAACGACGAGCCAGUGCUUUUCGAUACAUCGACUAUCCCAUGGUGGGCUUGGAUCAAGAGAUACCACUUACCUGAAGCUGAACUCCUCAAUGGUCGUGCUGCGAUGAUAGGAUUCUUCAUGGCUUACUUUGUGGAUAGCCUUACAGGAGUAGGACUUGUUGAUCAAAUGGGGAACUUUUUCUGCAAAACACUCUUGUUUGUGUCUGUGGCUGGAGUUUUGUUCAUUCGUAAGAAUGAGGAUGUGGAUAAACUCAAGAGUUUGUUUGAUGAGACGACUUUGUAUGACAAGCAGUGGCAAGCAGCUUGGAAAGAUGAUGAUGAGUCAUCAUUGGGUUCAAAGAAGUGAUCACAAAAAGAUUCAUGCUUUCUUUUUUCUUUGAAUGCUGUAAUUAGGAUAUGAUUCACUUACCAGAUGUAAUACGAUGAGAUUUUGAACCAAUGUUUUCCCGAUUUGGAAUUCGAGUUAGAUUAAUGAACCAGGCUUUGAUUCCU